UCCGUGACGCCGGGCCGGCCCCGGCAACAGACACUCUCACCCUCACUGGCGCGCUCCAGCCCGCCCCCCGAAGAUGGCGGCUCUCAAACUCCUCUCCUUCGGGCCACGGCUCUGCGCCUCCGCCCGCGGCUCCGGGCGCGCCUGGGCCAAGGGAUCUGCUUGCUGCUUUUCCACCAGUAGUCAUCGCCAGACAAAAUUUUAUGCAGACCCAGUAGAAGCUGUAAAAGACAUCCCUAAUGGUGCAACGGUUCUGGUUGGUGGUUUUGGGCUAUGUGGAAUUCCAGAGAAUCUUAUAGGAGCUUUACUGAAGACUGGAGUCAAAGGAUUAACUGCAGUCAGCAAUAACGCAGGGGUAGACAACUUUGGCUUGGGCCUUUUACUUCGAUCCAAGCAGAUAAAACGCAUGGUCUCUUCGUAUGUGGGAGAAAAUGCAGAAUUCGAGCGACAGUUCUUAUCUGGUGAAUUAGAAGUAGAGCUGACACCGCAGGGCACACUUGCAGAGAGGAUUCGAGCAGGAGGGGCUGGAGUUCCUGCGUUUUAUACCAGCACUGGCUAUGGGACCCUGGUCCAAGAAGGAGGAUCACCCAUCAAAUACAACAAAGAUGGCAGCAUCGCCAUCGCCAGCAAGCCAAGAGAGGUGAGGGAGUUUAACGGCCAGCAUUUCAUUUUGGAGGAGGCGAUUACAGGAGAUUUUGCUUUGGUGAAAGCCUGGAAGGCAGAUCGAGCUGGAAAUGUGAUUUUCAGGAAGAGUGCAAGAAAUUUCAACCUGCCCAUGUGCAAAGCUGCAAAAACUACCGUGGUGGAGGUUGAAGAAAUUGUAGAUAUUGGAUCAUUUGCUCCAGAAGAUAUUCAUAUUCCUAAAAUUUAUGUCCAUCGCCUUAUAAAGGGAGAAAAAUAUGAGAAACGAAUUGAGCGCUUAUCAAUACGGAAGGAAGGCGAUGGAAAGGCCAAAUCCGCUCAGGCUGGAGAUAACGUAAGGGAACGCAUCAUCAGGCGGGCAGCUCUGGAGUUCGAGGACGGCAUGUAUGCUAAUCUGGGCAUAGGGAUCCCUCUUCUGGCCAGCAACUUUAUCAACCCAAAUAUUACUGUACAUCUUCAAAGUGAAAAUGGAGUCCUGGGUUUGGGACCAUAUCCAUUACAACAUGAAGCUGAUGCAGACCUAAUCAAUGCAGGCAAAGAAACAGUUACUGUUCUUCCAGGAGCCUCUUUUUUCUCCAGCGAUGAAUCAUUUGCAAUGAUUAGAGGAGGACAUGUCAAUCUGACAAUGCUAGGAGCAAUGCAAGUUUCCAAAUAUGGUGACCUGGCUAACUGGAUGAUACCUGGGAAGAUGGUGAAAGGAAUGGGAGGCGCUAUGGAUUUGGUGUCCAGUGCCAAAACCAAAGUGGUGGUCACCAUGGAGCAUUCGGCAAAGGGUAAUGCACAUAAAAUCAUGGAGAAAUGUACUUUACCACUGACUGGAAAGCAAUGUGUCAACCGCAUCAUUACAGAAAAGGCUGUGUUUGACGUGGACAAGAAGAAGGGCCUGACGCUGAUUGAGCUCUGGGAAGGCCUGACAGUUGAGGACAUACAGAAGAGCACUGGAUGUGAUUUUGCAGUUUCGCCAAAACUCAUGCCGAUGCAACAGAUCACGACUUGAAAUGUGGAUAAUUUGUCCCAGCCUGCGUGUUUUUCAUUGUAAACAUGCCAGAUUUAAUUGAAGGAACAUCAGUAAUUACGAUUGUAUAUUUAUCAAGCAGUUUUUGACUAGUUUUCUUUCUCAAGUUUUAUGCAGCUGUGUUUGUUCUCUCAAGAGUGCUAUGACAUUAUAACGAACAGCAAAGCAUGUGUGAUUAUCUUACUAGUAACAUAAGUGCUGAGAAGGUUCCUUUUGUAUUUGGUGCUCAUAUUGAAGAUAUCUGUGCCUUCUGCUAUAUUGGCUAGAUUAUAUUCAGGAUUCACUAAGAUGAGCCAUAGGAAUAGUUUUGCCAGUGUACUUCCCUUUGUAACUAAAUUUUGACUUUCUGAUCCUGAAAAAUUAUAUACAUAUAAAUGUACAUGCAAGUUUCUUAUUUGGAGAAAUGCUAUCUUAAUAAUUGUUUUUCCUUCAGCCUCCUCUGUCUUCAGCCUCCAAUUUUGUGUAUUACAUCUGGUUUCCCUAGAGUAUUCUUCUUCCUCCCACAGUUCUGGUAGCCAAAUAGAUACCCAAGAAAGCAAGCAGGAACAUCUCCACAGAACAGGGGAGAAGCAACUGUUACAUGGAAGAGACCAAAGAAUAUAGGAGCUAUUGGUGCUGACAUCCCACCAAGAAAUUGUCUUUAUAAGCAAUUUUCAUCUGUGUUUUGCCAAAGACAAAGGCUUAUGAUAGGAAUAGGACUAAAACCCAACUGAUCUACACAGUUUUCUCAUUUUAAAACAGUGCAGUAUUCUUUUGUAUCUAGAAGACUUCUUAAGUUUUGUGGGCUACUUGUAUAAUACCUCCUCUCAAGCCAAGAGGAACUGUACUUUAUCAUGAACCUUAGACAUACAAUGGCAGCAGAGUUUUAAAAAAUUCUUUUCAGGUUCUCAUUUCUGUUCAGAAAAGAUUCUAAAUGUUGAAAUGACUUUUUCUACAGAACACUGGUUUUCUUCUUCUGCCAAGGCUACUUCCUUUAACAAAGUGCUUUUAAUUCAGCCUUAAUCAAGUUGGGUAAAUAACAAAGGGUAAGUCCAUGCUCUGAAAAGUCUGAAUUUUGAGUGUUGGGGAAUAAGCAAUGGGGGAUUUGGCUUGUAAGGGGCUUUUCCUUAGAGGUCUCCUUAAUACUAGACAGGUACGCAAAAUAGUCAUUUCAGAAGUGCCCUGGGUAUCAUAUGGGAGAAAAGUCUGGAAGACAAACGGGGCAGCUGGCCUCUGGAUAGGACUAGGCAUCAUACAGUGUGGUAUACAUUCCUCUAGCACUAAGUAUAGGGAUGUAUGCAUGUUUUUAGGUGCUGGUUGUCACUGAAACUCACCUGUCUUCAGAUAUGGCUACAAUUGUGUCAUGAACAAUAUUAGAGGAAAGAGAGAGACUUUCUGUGAAUAGCACACUCCAUAUAUAAAUUAGCCUUCUGGCUCCAAAGCACUAUCCUGACACUGGUAAGAAGACCCGUCUUAGAAUGUGGCAGGUCCAUUACAUUACUAUGUUUAUAUUAGAGUUAUGAUUGACAGUUAACAUCUUCAAACAUACUUGCAUAUCAUUCCAGUCUGUUACUUUAAAAUGCGGCUCUAAGAAUGUUCUACACCUUGAGUGGCAAAAGACAAGUAGGUGACUUGAUAAUUGAGUAGUAUGGUUGUUACAAAAUGCAUUAAGAAAUAAAAUAUUCAAAAUGGA